AUGGGGCUGCGGCGCUGCGCCAACUGUGGCGACAACAGCGCAUGGGCGUUGCGCGUGCUGGUGGGCGUCAACAUAGCGGCGGGCUUAUGUCUGGUGAUACUUGGCGCGACUGUUGAGAAGCCUAUCAACAGUGCCCCGGCUGUGUGCAUGAUCCUCCUUGGGAUUUGGAACUGGGGGACGGCUCUGAGCGGCUUGCUUGGCAGCUCGCGCUUCAGCUGCUGCCUGGACAUCUUCCUGGUGCUCGAGUCUGUGUCUACCAUCUUCACGCUGGUGCUGGUGGCAGAACUUUUCAUGAACUUUGGCGGCGUCCUCAGUAGCAUCGAUCCACUGCAGACUGGCAAAUACGAUGCCAUGCAUGUGCGGCAGAUUCUACGCGCCGCCCAGUGGCUGCUCCUCCUCUUCCUUGUGGUCCAGGUCAUCGCCAUUGUGAUCGCCCUUCUGAUGCGCUUCUUUAUCAAGUCCGAGAUGAGUGACCCAACCACAAAUUUUGAUGAGCACCAGCUGGCGGAGCGCGCGCUGUCAAUGCAAGCGCUGCGCACUGAUGUGGAAGGGGGUGGCGGCAACUCAAUGCGCAACGCCAAAUACAACAAACUAAUGCAAAAGAUGCAAAAGUAUCAGGACUUCAGCAGGAUCAAGUUCAAGAAAAGGCGGGAGCUGGCGGCACUCCUGUCAGAGGACCCGGACAACCGACUGCGGGCCGCUCACGCCGAGGUGCUGCUGCAGCCGCGGCUGCCACCAGGCUUGCAAGAUGUGAAGCUUGAGGCUGCGCUAGCAGGAGAUUUGCCGCUCCUGCAGGUGCAGCGAGAGGCGCAUGGCGACUGGCACGGGGCAGUCUUGCGGCUGGACACAGCGGCGCUUGAGGAUGCCCUCGUCCAUGGCGUAGCGGCAGAGAGUACCGAGGCACAGACGCCAGCGCCCAUGGUCAAGCAUGAUGGGGCAGAGGACGAACGGCUUUCCGGGGCUGUCGAGGCGGCGUGGCCCAAUGCGGGUGACGACGACGACUACCUCGCGAGGGCCAUCGCAGCCGCUCUGCUGCAGCACCAGGACGCAAAAGGCCAACUGCCACGCCACACGCUGCACCUCACAGACAUUGGUGGCCACCUUCGCACUGGCGCGGCUGGCGAUGCCCGUCUGGCUGCCAUAUUCCCACGCAACCGGGAUCAGGCGGGUGCAGCAGCAGCAAAUGGGUCUGCGGCGGCACGGCGGCUCAGCAGCGGCAGCGGCAGUGGCGGCAAGGACACCAAGCUGAAGCCCCGCCUGAGCGAGUUUGUUUGCCAGCCGCGAUGCAGCCCCUACUUCCGGGUCAUGGAGUCACAGGUACGCAAGGGCGAGAAGGCCCUGGUACUUCUUACGGACGCGCUGCUCAUCAACCUGGCGCGGCAGCGCGCUGCAAAGCAGCAUAGGCCCGGGCGACACCAGCAGCAGCGGCAGCCGCAUCAGCACGAGCAGCAGCCACAGCCACUCCCGCUGCCGCCGCCGCAGCCGCAGCCGCAGCCACUCCCGCCGCCGCUGCAGCAGCCGCAGCAGCCGCACCUACCGCAGCAACAGCUGCAGCCGCAGCAGCCGCAGCAGCAGGAGCAGCGGCAGCAGCCGCAGCAGCAGCCGCAGCAGCAGCAGCAGCUGCAGCAGCCGCAGCAGCAGCAACAGCAGCAGCAGCAGCAGCAGCAGCAGCAGCAGCAGCCGCCGCAGCAGCAUGAGCAGCAGCCGCCGGUCCGAGGUCGCCAGCAGCCCGAUGGCAAGCCUGGGUGCGAGGCAGACUCUCCUCUGGACGGGCCACGCAGCAGCGCACCAGGGGUGGUGGGGCCCCCUGCCUCACCGCUGACGUGUGACGUCCCAGGGCCUCUCUGGGCGCCGUUUGGCGUGGGAGCCGCCAGCAACAAGCCUCCCGCAGGCUGGGCCAGCGGCGGCGCGGCGACUGCGGCAUCCAUCACGACUGACUGCUCACCCCUAGGCGGAUUCCAGCAGCACGCGAGGUCGGCAUUCGGGUCUGCUCCAUCAGGUGGCGGUGUUUCGCACAGCGGCGACGGCGUCGAUGGAAAUGGCAGGUACCUGUUUGGGGAGAUGCCGCAGCCGCAACACGGCGCGCUGUACCGGGGCAGCGGCCUGUUUGGCAGCAGCGAUGCCAGCACCACCACGGGCAUGGGGGUCCCCAGCCUGGGACCAUGCGGGGAGCUGGAGCCGCUCACGCCCGGUACGUUUGGCGUGGCCCGCUGGGGCUCAGGGGUGGUGUCGAGCAGCGUGCAGGUCGCACCGGGCGCGGCUACGCCCUUGCCCAUGCUGCAGCCGCUGGUGGGCUCUUUCUCUAUGGGCACGGGCCUUGGCCUGGGAACGCUGCUGCGUGGUUUUGGUACCGACACCAGCAGCGGCAGCCUGCCGGUCACCGAACCGCCUGGCGACGGCGUGGGCUUCGGGGUUGCGUCCGGCGCGCUGGCGGACGCCCACAUGUUCGGCUCCACGCCUGGCCGCCACACACCGUGGGCCGUCGGCCUGCCGCUGGGGUCGUCGCCGCUGGAUUUGGUGCCGCGCUCUAUUGCCAGCGUCUGGGGGGCCCCGGGUCCUGAAGGGAGCGAGCCUGCCCACGAAGCAGGGACUCGGGAGUCGCCGGGCAGCUUUGGUGCGCAGCAGCAGCAGCAGCAGCAGCAGCAGCAGCAGCAGCAGCAGCAGCAGCAGCAGCAGCAGCAGCAACAGCAGCAGCAGCAGCAGCAGCAGCAGCAGCAGCAGCAGCAGGACCAGCAACAGGUCGAGCAGCCACGACACGAGGUCCGGGAGGCGCUUGAAGUGAAGCUGGGUGGGCAGGACGAGGAGCAAGGGGCUACCAUGAGCAACUCUGGCAGCAGCGGCGGCCUGCUUUUGCUCCGCGGGGUCGGCGGCAGUGCGGGCAUUGCCCCAGAAAGCAGCAUACCUGAGACCGGCAGCAGCUCGCCCGUCUCGGCGGUCGGCUCCGAGGCACGGCCGGAUGCUCACAACAGCAUCGACGUUAACAGCAGCGGCAGCGGUGGCAUCAGCGGCGGUGGUGGCAGCGGUGGCAGCAGCAGUGGGCAGCUCGAGGCCGCAGCAACGAUUCCCACUGCAGUGGCAUCCGUUGAGGAGGAAGGCACGGAGGAGGAGGGGACAGACGGGGUGCACAAAGUGGUUCGCAGCGAAAACGACAGCACCGCAGGGUGUGAAGGGUCAGGGGGGCCCGACAGGACAGAGGCCUGCUCUGUCAGCAGCAGCGGUGGCGAGUCGGAUUCCGCACAGGGGGAGAUUGCAGAUUCGGAGGCAGAAGGUGGCACCGGCAGCACGGCACCCCGCCUGACGGGCUGGGCGCUGGUGGCUGCCAAGACACCGGCGCGGCUGACCAAGGGAACGGGCGUGCAGCAGGCUGUGUCUGCACCGCGCUCAGUCCCCGCCCCCAAGGACCCAUCAGUCGUGAUGGCUCCCAUGGGCGGGGUGCAGGCCAGCGGACUGGCUGGCCGGCGCAGCGACGCGCCCCGUGCGCCGCUGGCGCGGCUGCACCCAAACGUGCGCGACGAGGUGGAGCGGCUGAUUGCCAAGCUGGGGGGCGUCGUCAGGGUUGAGGACUUUGACGAGGGGGUGGUCCACCAGCUCAAUGCAAAGCGCACCUGGGAGGAGGCGGCGGAGGCUGUGCGGCAUUUGGCCUCGUAUGACCUGGCUCCCAUCCAGCAUCCCGCAGCCUACAUCAACCACAUCAUCAAGCACACACCUGGGGCUGCCAACGGCACGGGCAGCGCCAGUGCAGGCGCCCCCAACGGCCAAAUCCGCCUGGCCAGCGUCCCCAUCAGCACCAAGGCCAUGCUCCACAAGUGUGGUGUGCGCGUGUACCGCCGUGUGGAGGAGGCCGUGUCGUCAUCGUCUCACCUUCAGUGGCACCAUUUUGACGCGGGGGUCGUCAAGGUGCUGGCUGAGCUGGCCAAGCUGUCUGAGGAGGACGUGUUUGACGAGCUCGAGGCCCUGAAGCGGUCCGACCUCAAGAGCCUGCAGCACGUCCCGGCCUACCUCAACAAGCGGCUCAACAACAGGCUCUGGCAGAGGCGCAAAGCGCGCGGAGACUAG